UCUGAUUUGACGACCGUCCCCGGCUCACGACAACGUCGUCCAUUCCGUCUAUAUAAGCAGCAGAAAGUUUUCCAAACACCCAGCAAAACAUAAAGUCGGCCUGUGACCAACAACAGACGAGCUAAGCACCGUUUCCCUUUGCGUAAGAAGUGCCCAGACGGUUCCAGACAAUGGAGAGGUCAGUCCGGUUUGCCUUGGUGUGCGUCGGAGUGUCUCUGCUCAUCUCCUGCCAUCCAGUGGAAGCCUGGUACAAGCAGUCAACCGGGCCUAGUUACUACUCGGUGGGUCGCGCCUCCGGUUUGCUGUCCGGCAUCAGGAGGUCGCCUUACGUCCGGAGGUCCGAGUCCGAUGAGACGCUGAUGGAAAGCGGAGAGACGGCCGCUAACAACCUGAUUCCAGAGACUACCAGGCAGGUCUCGAUCCUAAAAAGCAUGGCCAUCUGCGUGAAGGACAUCUCUCCCAACCUGAAGAGCUGCGAGCUGCUGCGCGACGGGACGGGCACGUUCCAGUGCAAGGCGGACGUCUUCCUCACCCUGGACUCCCUGGACUGCCUGUCUGCGUGAGAC